AUGGGAAAUUACCGUUUCAAAGAUCCUACAAUUCUUGGUAGAGAAUUUAUCCUUGACAAGUUUAACAAGGAGUUUAAUCUUAAUAUAAAUUAUCAAUUCGUCAAAGAAAAACUUGAUCAACUAAAAAGAAAGUACAAGAAGUACAAGGAGCUUAUGAAAAACUCCACGGGCAUUUCGGUUGAUACUACUACAUCUGUGAUAUCAACAUCUAACUCAUGGUGGCAAGAGCGUGAACCUCAAUUCUCUGUGAACCAAAGAAGAGAACAGUUGGUGAAUGAUGGUUUGGACAAUGAUGAAGGUCAUGUAUACUUUGAAACAUAUGAUGGUGAUAUGCAAGACAGUCAAGUUCUUGAGACACAAGAAAACGAAGAGAUUCCCACGUCUAGAAUUCAACAACGAGGUGGACUAAGGCGUGGAAGUAGUUCGCAAAGAGGUGCAGGAAACUUCCAAAUUUCUACCAGGAUUGGUUCACGAGGAAGUCGUAGAAAACAAUCAUUUGAGACAACUCUAACAGAUACAAUAACUGGCUUAAGAGAGUUUCAGCGCCAAAGUUUACAACAGAUGCGCCCGAAUUGUUUUGACAAAGAUGAUUACAACAAAUUCGAUAUGGCUAUGAAGUUAUUUGAAUCAAUGAACCUUCCGAAUGACACUGAUUUUUAUUGGGCUUGCAUUCAUGCAUUUAAGGCAGAAAUUUUUUGGCGUAAGUACUUCAUUAAUAGAGCUGAAAGAACCGUCGAAGAUAAUCUGAAAUUUUUACAAGCUCUUACUAGAGAUACACGAGAUAAUGAAUAUGUGGGAAAACGUCAAUGGGGUCAUGGUUUUCAACAAUGGGGAACACCUCCUACUGCUCCGCAAUGGAAUUCACCUUCAAAUGUUCCACAAUGGACAAUUCCACCAACUACACCACAAUGGGGUACACCUUCUAGUAUGCCGCAAUGGAGUUCAUCUCCAACUGCUCCGCAAUUGAGUUCACCUCCAACUGCUCCGCAAUAG